GUCCACCAGGCGCGCACGCGUCCCGCCGCGCGGCCUUGCGCAUGAGCAGAUCGGCCCGCCGGGGCGGAAGUGAGGAGCUAGUGCGCGGAGGUGGGGCCGCGGCGCUUGCUGUCGGGUGGGCGAGCGGCCGACAUGGCGGCCCCCGCGAGUCCCCUGGUUCCCGUGGCAGUCCUGAUGCUGUUGCUUUGUGGGGCUCCCCGGACCCACGGGCGGCGGAGCGACGUGCGCGUCAUCACGGACGAGAACUGGAGAGACUUGCUGGAAGGAGAGUGGAUGAUAGAAUUUUUUGCUCCAUGGUGCCCUGCUUGUCAAAAUCUUCAACCUGAAUGGGAAAGUUUUGCUGAAUGGGGAGAAGAUCUUGAGAUUAAUGUUGCAAAAGUAGAUGUUACAGAGCAGCCAGGCCUAAGUGGAAGAUUUAUCAUAACUGCUCUACCUACUGUUUAUCAUUGUAAGGAUGGUGAAUUUAGGCGCUAUCAGGGCCCAAGGACUAAAAAAGAUUUCAUAAACUUUAUAAGUGAAAAGGAAUGGAAGAGUAUUGAACCUGUUUCAUCAUGGUUUGGUCCAGGCUCUAUUCUGAUGAGUAGUAUGUCAGCACUCUUUCAGCUAUCUAUGUGGAUCAGGACUUGCCAUAACUAUUUUAUUGAGGACCUUGGAUUACCGGUAUGGGGAUCAUAUACAGUUUUUGCUUUAGCAACUCUGCUUUCAGGACUAUUAUUAGGACUUUGUAUGAUAUUUUUGGCAGAUUGCCUUUGUCCUUCAAGAAGACACAGACCACAGCCAUACCCUUCCAAAAAAUUAUUACCAGAAUCUUCUCAACCUUUGAGAAAAGUGGAGGAGGAACACGAGGCUGAUGACGCAGAUGUUUCAGAAGAAGAAGCUGAAAGGAAAGAAGGAACAAACAAAGACUUUCCACAGAGUGCCAUCAGACAACGCUCUGUGGGUCCUUCAUUGGCCACAGAUAAAUCCUAGUUAAUUUUUAUGAAUAUCAAUAUGAUUUGGACAAAAACAGAUUAAUCAUUUCUUUUGGUUUGAAGUGAACUGUGACUUUGUACACUGAAGGACUCAGUCUAUAUUGUCAUUAGAUUGAAAGGUCUGCCUUCAGAAAAUAAAAGAGCACUAUGUAAAAAGUUUGAAAUAGGAUAUAACAAUAGUAUGGUGGUUUAAACAAUUUUUUAAUAUUUUGAAGAAUCUGGUGCCAAGCAAUAAGAUUUGUGUAUGUUUAAUAACAUUUUUCAUAAUAAAAUUUUUCUGAGUUGAAAACCUACACUUCCCAAGUAUUGCAUUAUUGAGGUAUUUAAGGAGAUUACAGAAAAAAAUUCUCAUUUUAUAAUUUUUUUUUUCAGUUUCACUUUGUGAAAAACACACCAUAUUUCCCAUAAAUGGGAACUUUGCCUACUGUCUCAAAAAAUAGCAUUUCUGACAAAUCUGGUCCUUUUAAAUACAGUUCAAAAUUUCUUUGUAUUUUUAGAUUGUAAAACUAAUAAAAACUACCUUAAUUAUAGUUUUUUACACAUAGAUAUGCUACUGAUUUAGGAAGUUUUCAUAAGUCCAUGGUGUUUUCUUGAUUUCUAUAAGACCGGCUGCUAUUUUUGUUCCUGUGGUCAGUGUGUGUUUCUUACCAUGGGUUACAUUUUCCAUUUUCCAAACAUGAUAGUACCCUGGAAAUAUUUUUCAUGUUUUAAUAAAUAGCAUUUUAUUUUGUCGUUGCAAACAAGUUUACUGAGGGCUGUUUAAAAUUGAACAGCCCUGCCACUGUGGCUCAGUGGCUGAGCAUUGACUUAUGAACCAGGAGGUCAUGAUUUGAUUCCCGGUCAGGACACAUUCCUGAGUUGCAAGUUUGGUCCCCAGUGAGGGCAUGCAGGAAGCAGCCAAUCAGUGAUUCUUUCUCAUUGAUGUCUUUCUCUCCCUCUCUGAAAUCAAUAAAAAUAUAUUUUUUAAAACUUGAGGAGCUACCUACUGAUAUAACAUUUUGGCCACUCAUUAGAUUUUUGAGUCAUUCUUAUUGAACUUGUACUUUUUUUUAAAUGUGAAUGUGAACAUUCCUGAUUUUAUUUGUUGUGAAAAAGCUAUUUUAUAUUUUAAAAAUUCACAGAAGCUUAAUCUGAUAUAAAGUUAGCAUUCUACUGAGGGAAAAUAAUUUUUUAUAGUGUUAGUUUUCAAUAUAUAUUUUCCUUACAUACAGAAAGUUCUUAAUUGGUUUUUUAAAGUCAUUGUAUCGAUGUUUUAAAAUGUUUUUAUGUGUUUGAGAAGACAUACUUUGUACUCUGUACUUUCUAUUGUGUUAUUUCAUAAGUGGGAAUCAGCAGGAUGGACAUUUAGUGUAUUUUUACUCUUUAAAGAGUUAGAACACAGCAAAAAUGAGGUCAGUGUGGGGUGGCAAUAGAGAACUGUAUUGGCUCUGAGAAGGGAAAAACCAUUAGUAUUCAGAAUGAAUCGCCUGUCUAUUAUGUAAUAGAUGAUUUCUGUAAUGUCCCCUCUCAUUUAGAUUCUUCCUCGGUGGGUUCAUUAGACUUAGUAUCAUAAUGUACAACAGUUACCUUUAAAUGCCUCCCCUUUAGAAUAUUAAGUAUUCUACCACUGAGUUUGGAUGUGUAGUAAUGUAAUGCUUUAGAAAAAUAUUCUAAGCACAAAAUAAACUUUUCUAAGCCUUCA